AUGGCGACCAAGUCACUCUACCUCGUUGCGCUUGCCGUGAUAGCGCCUUAUCUCUACGACCGUGGCGUUACGUUCUCGGGCAUGCUAGCGAACCGGCCGGGGAAAUUCGAGAACCUUAAUCUGUUCAAAGAGCACCAAGUAAAGUUUGCCCAACGGAUGCGAAAUUGCGAAGAUGUCUUGAUCGAGGAGGGGAUGGGUGUUGCUUUCGUGAGCUGCAACCCAGGACGAGACCAAUGGAACACCGUCAUGGGCACAUUUGCGCCGCCUCGCACAAAGACAAGCGACAAAGACGACGCCCACAUCUGGCUCUACGACUACUCGACGCCCAACCUUCCCGAUUCCGCAGCCCUCAAACCCCUCACCCUCAUCUCCUACCCCAACCCUACAGACUUCCACCCCUUAGGCAUCGAAUUCGACGCCCAAUCCUCCACCUUAUACGUAAUCAACCACUCCCGACACUCAGGCAACACCCUCGACCUCUUCCGCAUCUCCCCCGAAAAUGCUUCCGCUACAUACAUCAAGACGCUCACGCACCCCCUGCUCCACACCCCAAACUCGAUCCACAGCCUCGGCAACGGUAAAUUGCUCAUGACAAACGACCACUACAUCGGCGCACUAACCUCGCCUCUCCUCUCGAAAAUCGAGACUUUUUCUGCUGCCCCCGGCGGCAGCGUCGUCUACGUCGACACGCACGAGCCCGCGCAGAGUAAGAAGCUCGCGCACGUAGCGUUUGCGAAUGGGAUUGCCAUGCUCAACUCGACAACCGUGGCUGUGGCGUCGACUGCGAAACCCGCAGUCUACCUGUACACAUUUGACGAAACAAAUGUGGAGUUGAAGCUCGUCAAGCAUAUCAGGCUCCCCUUCAUGGUCGACAAUAUCGCUGUUGAUUCUGCGGGGAAGUUGCUGAUGGCCGGGCACCCGUUUGCGCUGGGCCUUAUGGUUGUGAGUAAGGCGCGGGCGAAGUGCAAUGAGUUGGGUGGGGAGGAGGAGAGGAAGGCGUGUGAGUGUACGACGUCGAGUUGGGCGGCGGAGUGGACGGAGGAGGAGGGUGUGAGGACGUUGUAUAAGAAUGAUGGGGGGGAGUUUUGUAGUAGUUCGACUUUUGCGAGGGAUGCGAAGAGGGGGGUUAGUAUUGUGACGGGGUUGUAUGAUAGGGGGUUGUUGGUGGCGAGGGAUUAA